AUGGACUCAUCCGAGAUCUACGACCAAGUUCGCGAGCACUACAGCUCGGCAUCACGCAGCACCAGCGUCAAAUACGGCGAGGCUGUGGCCAAGUCUUUUGGUUACAGCGCCGACGAGCUUUCCAACAUCCCCGAGGAUGCCAACCUCGGCCUAAGCUGCGGCAAUCCCUUAGCCAUUGCCAGUUUGAAGGAGGCCAGUCAGCCUUUCUUCCUCCACGCCAACAUCACCUCGGUCCCGCUCCCCGCCGCAACCGCCGACUGCAUCAUCUCCAACUGUGUCAUCAACCUGGUGCCGCCCGCCGACAAGCCCGCCGUGUUCCGCGAGAUGCACCGCCUGCUGAAACCGGGGGGCCGCGUCGCCGUGUCGGAUAUCUUGGCCAAGAGGCCCCUGCCGGAGAGGUUGGUGAAGGAUGUGGCGAUGUAUGUGGGUUGUGUGGCAGGGGCGAGUGAGGUGAGGGAGUAUGUGGUGUGGUUGGAGGGGGUGGGGUUUGGUGGUACGGGGACCGGGUGUGAUAGCGCCGGCACUGUCCCUGCUGCUACUACCGGCAGUGGAGGUGCUGUUCCGGCCGGUGUGGUACCCGAGAAGACCGACCUGAAUGAAUAUGUUGGCUCCUACAAGAUCUUCGCGGUUAAGAACUGA